AUGCCGAAAGAUUACAACAGCAAACAGACCUAUCUUAUCAUGGUGGCCUCGUCAAUAGGCUUGAUCAUAGCAGCUGUUCAUUAUCGUCUCUGGAAGUUGAGGGAUCGAAAGAUCAUCCCACGCCUAAGACCAUCACAGGGAGGCCGUGUCGAAAAGCUUGAGAGGUUCCCCCAUUAUGUAGGUAAUUAUUAUGAGAUCCAAUGA